GUAUUUCUCGUCUGCUUAUAAUUUUGAUCGGUCGUGAAAUUUCACGAUUGAUCUAUUGAACGCAAUCUUGUUUACUGUCUGUGAGUCUCUUAUAGUUUUAUAAAUCCAUUAUUUGAUCCAUAUAAAAACUGAACAACGUUAUAGAAUAAAAAAAAAAAAAAAAAAAAAAUUAAUGACAAAUUAUUUUUGUAGUAGCUUAAAACAUAAGGGUAGAAAAUAGUUAAAGAAAAUAAAAAUUGCAGAAAUAGUUUCGGUCAUAAAUGAUAUAACAGAUAACAAUUUGCGAUUGGAUUAUAUUUAAUUGUUUAAUAAAUUCAUUAUAGUUUAUAGUAAUUAUUGAGGAUUUCAUAAUGGAAGUACAAAAAGUUCCUGUUUUCUUGGAGGAGUCCACUGUAGGUGAAUUUAUAUCACAGCGGAAACCUUUUGUUUUACGGGGAAUAAAUAUUGGAAGUUGUAUUGAAAAAUGGACUCCUGAAUAUUUGGCAAGUGUUGUGGGACAGGAGGAGGUUACAAUUCAUGUGUCAGAAUUUCCAGCAUUAAACUUUUUAAGGAAAAACUUUGCAUACAAAAAGCUUUCUUUCAAUCAACUUCUAAAAAGAGCGACACAGAAAGAGCAUUUAGAAGGAGAUUAUUUUAUUUCCAAAAAUGAAUAUUAUUAUUUACGUUCUGUGGGCAAAGAUGUUCGAAAAGAUAUUGCUGACAUACGUCUCCAGUUUCCUCCUUUGUCAAAAGAUAUAGUCUUUCCAAGCUUUGUUCCUGAGAAUCAGAUCUUCUCAAGCAUCUUUCGUAUAGCUUCUGAAGGACUUUCUAUAUGGACUCAUUAUGAUGUCAUGGAUAAUGCUUUGAUUCAAGUGAAAGGUCGAAAGCAUGCUGUUCUUUUCCCACCAACUGAUGUUCUCAAUUUAUAUCUAAAAGGUGAUAAAUCAGAAGUGUUGAACAUAGAUAAUCCAGACUUAAAUAAAUUCCCGAAAUUUCAAGAUGCAGUACGUCAUGAGUGCUCUUUACUGCCUGGUGAUGUACUAUAUAUUCCAGCUUUGUGGUUUCACAACAUGAAAUACCUUGAUUUUGGUAUUGCUAUAAAUGUAUUUUGGAAAGAGCUGGAUGAAUCCCUUUAUGACAAAAAAGAUACAUAUGGAAACAAAGAUCAUUUGCCUGCACAACAAGCUUUUGUAUCAGUUGAAAGAGCUCUUGCUUCAUUAUCAAAAUUACCCCCUGAUUAUAAGGAAUUUUAUUGCCUUAGGCUAAUUUCACAUAUUCAAAAGGAGAUAGAAGAGCUUAAAAAAUAAAUUUUUAAGUUUGUUUAUAAGUAUUUAUUUGAAUAAACCUACAUCUAAAAGUGUUAAAACUGCAUUGAAUUCAUAAAUUAAAACAUCUAUGACUGACUGACUCCAAAUUCUGAAAUAAUGGUUGAACUAAGAGGUUAACUUAGCAUGGGUUACUACCUAAACUAGACUGCAAGUUCUGUAGAGAAUAAAAAACACAGAAACAUACAGCAAUACGUUUUUCAGAUGCAUUUUGCAAAACCCAAAUUGCUGAGACUCCGCAGUUCACUCAAAUUAAAUACAACGUCCAAGCCAAAGGUCUGGAAUUAUGGGACUCAUUAAAAAUAUUAAGUAGUUGCUUAUAACAUAAUAAAGCAUUCAAAAUUUACAACAAUAACAACAACAACAACAACAAAAAAAAAAA